AUGUCUACUAGAAGAUCAGCUCGCCUGGGCGAAGUGGCACCGAAGGAAGACACCGUCGCAAAAAAACCAGCACCAGCCUCACUGCCGGCUGGGAAUGGAAGUAAGAAGAGGAAGAACUCAACAAGAGAGAACGAGCCGGUCUCCGAUAGCAAUAAUGCCGUACCAUCAACCCCGAAAAGGAAGAAACCGUCGAAGACAGUUGUACCAAAAACUCCAACCCCAGCAGCAAUUGGGCAAUUAUCUAGCCCUUUCAAGCCAGGAGACGCCGAUGAGAGCAGCCCUCCUCCGGCGGUGAAUCGACUAGCAGUGCCGGAUGGCACCAAUGCGCUAUUGAUAUCCCCAGAAACUCAUCGUCGAAUCUCAAGCAAGCCUGUAGAUCAGGUUUCACCGUCGAAGCGGCCCAGUAUCACCACCAAAAACCUUCUUGAUGAUGCUCUCGCGCACCUAAUCGAGCAAGAGCCCAAGCUGAAGGCGGUCAUUGAGAAGCACCCGUGUACUGUCUUCUCCCCCGAGGGCCUAGCUGAAGAAAUUGACCCUUUUAAGAGCUUGAUAAGUGGUAUUAUCUCGCAACAAGUCUCAGGAGCAGCCGCCAAGUCCAUAAAAGCCAAAUUCGUCGCUCUCUUCAACGACCACGAAGACCCAACCCAGCACACCUUCCCCACGCCCUCCCAAGUAUCCUCCAAAACAAUUGAGGUCCUCCGCACCGCGGGGCUCUCGCAACGAAAAGCAGAGUACGCCCUCGGCUUGGCCGAGAAAUUCCAGAGCGGCGAACUGACCGCUGAAAUGCUCUUCUCAGCAACCUACGAGGAGGUUUUGGAGGAACUAAUCAAGGUAAGGGGCCUGGGCAAAUGGAGUGUGGAGAUGUUUGCGUGUUUUGGGUUGAAGAGGAUGGACGUUUUUUCGACGGGUGAUUUGGGCGUGCAGAGGGGCAUGGCUGCGUUGGCUGGGAAGGAUGUGGGCAAGUUGAAGGGGAAGGGGGGCAAGUGGAAGUAUAUGAAUGAGAAGGAUAUGGAAGAGAUGGCUGAGAAGUUUAAACCUUAUAGGAGCGUUUUUAUGUAUUAUUGCUGGAGGGUUGAAGAUGUGGAUAUUUCCACCUUUGAUAACUGA